ACUAUCUUUAAUGACCAAUCUGCACUCGGAAGCCUCACAGUCUCUACUCGCAGCAUUGCCUUACCCCAAAACCAAUAUCGACUACACUGCCCUAGGUACUCAAACCCACGAUAAAUCCGCUUUCCCGAAGAUCAAACGAAUGAUCACUCCUGCACCGAAAGAGGGAACCCAUUAAGCAAUCCGAAGUGGCAUCUUCACUUGAUCGGACUGCACCUGGAAUGGAACACUCGGUCACUGAGACCAAGUACGACACAGCUCUCGCAGCUGAAGGCUCUUCAACGCUCCCUCUACAAGGCCCGCAUAUCAGAGGCUCGGAAAACCAUGUAAAGACGAUGGGAGGCGCUAACGGCACAGUCGACCGGAUGUUGAAGCGAAUGCAAAAGGGGAAAUUCGCCGGGGCCAUUUUCAUCCAUGCAGGGGCUGGUUUCCAUAGCCACCAAAAUGAACGAGUUCACCUUGAGGCCUGUAGCAAUGCUGCUUCCAUGGGAAUGAAGUUCCUGAAAUCGGGUGCUUCGGCCACCGAAGCUGUCGAGGCGGCUUUGCGCGUCCUGGAAGACAAGGAGAUAACCAAUGCCGGCUACGGUUCUAACCUGUCAAUGGACGGGACUGUUGAAUGCGAUGCAACGAUUGUCGACCAUCUUGGCAGGAGUGGUGCCUGUGGAGCGGUUCCCAACAUCAGAAACCCUGUCUGCCUCGCAAAGCUGAUAUUGGACAAAAGCAAUAAGCCCCUGUCUCUACGACGUGUUCCGCCAAACAUACUUGUUGGGGAGGGUGCCAAAAACUUUGCCAUGGAGAACGGUAUGCAGGUUGUUCCGAACGAUUACCUGGUCUCCAAGAACGCACGUGACCGGUUUCUGCGAUGGCAAGAAGAUCUCAAUCGGGCGGAGGAGAGGCUGAGGCAGGCUAGAGCACGCAAACCACCCGGAGAAGCGAUCGAUAACUGCCAGAAAUUCGAGACCAUGCCGAUACCAGCUAGGUUACACCAGAAUCAACAAAGGGACCAUGCCAAUGCUAUCCUCAGCGGUACCUGGAAUGAAGGUCAGCCGGAUUCUCCACAAAGGGGUUCUCCGGCGCUCGAGCAGAUGCAGGGCCAUCAUCAGGGAAACCCUUUGGCCGGAUCAGCAUACCCUAGGACGCCUCCUCAGCAGAUUGAACGUUCUCCUUUGAGCUACAUCGGGGUUUCCGCACCAUCAGCCAACAGAUCCCGGCCUACCAUACUUCAGGAAAAGGAGUCAUUGGCAGCGCCUCCCAGUCAGUUGGCGAACGAGGGAAGUCGUGACGGUACCAGGUCCCCUCAGUGGACAGAUGGAGCCAAGUUCGCAAGCACGAUUGCACAGCUCCAGGGCUGCAGCCCUCGUAGUCUUAAGCGACCGUUUUCUGCAACCGAGCUGGAGCAUGAGGAUGUCAUCACCGACACCGUGGGAGCCAUAGCAAUCGAUGAAAAAGGAAACAUCGCGGCAGGCUCGUCAUCUGGUGGCAUUGGAAUGAAGCAUCGUGGGCGAAUAGGUCCUGCUGCUCUGGUGGGCAUCGGCACAGCUGUAGUGCCAUGUGAUCCGAACGAUCCAGACAGUAUCAGUGUGGCAACUGUCACCAGCGGCACAGGGGAGCACAUGGCCACCACAAUGGCGUCACAAAGAUGUGCUGAACGGAUAUAUGGCAAUACCCGUCGAGGUCCGAGCGGCAGAGAUAUCGAGGAAUGGGACGAGGACGCCAUCAUGGAGUCCUUCAUCACGAACGACUUCAUGGGCCACCCCGGUGUCAAAGACUGCAACUCUGCCGGGGCGAUUGGCGUGAUGACGGUCAAGAAGACACGGACGGGGUACUAUUUAUACUUCGCCCACAAUACCGACUCAUUCGCGUUGGCCUCCAUGGGCGGUUCGGACAGAGAGCCAGUUUGCGUCAUGUCCCGUCUGGGCGAGACUGCUCAAGUUACCCGGGGGCUCGAAGGAUACGGGUGGAUCCAGGAUCGUGAUAAUGGGAUCGUUACCGCAAUCGGUAACUUGUUUAGUGCAGUCUCGGAAGGAAAAAUGGGCACACGAGUCUGUUGGUGCGUUGCGGUAGUUGGGCGUGGUUUUGCGUCGCAUGCGACGCAGUACCCGAUGACUGAGCCAACAAGGACGGCAAGAUUCGAACUUUGAGUAUUUUUAUUCGGUAGUGAUACCCCUCUCGUAUACAUGGCAACUGCCCUCCUAGAGCGCCACCUCACAGGUUCAUGCACGAGGAACAAG